CGUCCCUCCGCCAUGGGUAUUGUCCAGCUUGACAAUCAAACCGCCUACCGACCGGAAGCAUUGAUUGGUGCGGACCAAUCGGGAUUGCGAUACCUCGGCUGGAAUGUACCACCGGAGGAGCUGGUGCACAUACCCGAGCACUGGCUUCAAUUUCCAGAACCGGAAGCAUCCCUGCACUACCUGCUCGGAUUGCUAUACAUCGCCUUUACCAUCUUCUCGCUCGUUGGCAAUGGGCUGGUUAUUUGGAUUUUUAUCGCUGCAAAAUCCUUACGGACACCCUCGAACGUAUUCGUGAUUAAUCUUGCCAUCUGUGAUUUCUUCAUGAUGGCCAAGACGCCGAUCUUCAUCUACAACUCCUUCACGAAAGGAUUCACGCUAGGGAACUUAGGAUGUCAAAUUUUUGGUUUCGUAGGAUCUCUUACCGGAAUUGGAGCUGGUGCUACCAAUGCGCUCAUCGCAUACGAUCGUUACAACACCAUUACCCGCCCGUUCGAGGGAAGACUUACCCAAACGAAAGCCAUCAUCUUUAUCUGCCUAAUCUGGGCGUACACCAUUCCGUGGGGUGUGCUUCCGUUGCUAGAAAUCUGGGGCCGCUUCGUACCCGAGGGUUUCCUUACAUCGUGCACUUUUGACUAUCUAUCCAGCACGUUCGACACUCGACUGUUUGUAGGAUCAAUCUUUACCUUCAGUUACGUACUACCGAUGAGCCUCAUCAUUUACUACUACAGCCAGAUUGUGAGCCAUGUCGUCAAUCACGAAAAGUCGCUUCGCGAACAGGCCAAGAAAAUGAACGUAGAAUCGCUGCGAUCAAACCAAAACAAGAACGAUGCCUCGGUUGAGAUCCGAAUUGCCAAGGCCGCCAUCACCGUUUGCUUUCUGUUCGUUGCUUCGUGGACACCGUACGCGGUACUGGCACUGAUUGGAGCGUUCGGCGACAAGAGCCUUCUGACACCGGGCGUUACAAUGUUUCCCGCUUGCGCCUGCAAGUUUGUCGCCUGUUUAGACCCCUACGUGUAUGCUAUUAGCCACCCGAGAUAUCGCAUCGAGCUGCAGAAGCGUCUGCCCUGGUUGGCCAUUACGGAAACGUUGCCGGCUGAGAAUGCCUCAACAUGUACGGAGCAGCAGGACGGAAACGCUACAACGCAAUCGUAAGCGAAAUGCUUACGGGGCAAGCAUUAGACGCAUAGCUCUGGGUAGAUACUAGCAGGCACUGUCAACGAUAUAUACGAUACUAACACAACGCCACGUCUAAUGGACCCGAGCACGGAAACUUCUGUUCUGAAGUGAUUUAUAAUUGUUUCAAAUCAUUUAUUUGUCGAAAUCAUACAAAAACAUUGAAUAAAGAACUUUAAAUGCAAUCUACAAAUCUGGC